CACCUCAUUAUGUCUAAAUUUGUAAUUGUAAAUAAGCUGAAAAUGUAAUUUGUUGUUGGUACAACAAAGUUGCAAAAAACCGGGUUUCCCAGAAUACACAGCAGGGGCAAGUCCUCAUGCUUCUUUCCCUGCUUUACAACAACUCAGACGGAGAGAAGACAUAUUUCAAAGGAAGACCCUCAACCAAGCUUAUGAAAGUAAGUAUUUUGCUUGCAAAUCAACAGGCAUUGUAUUAAAUAAUAGCGAGUGACUUGACGAUAAGCGUUUGCUGCUUUGCCAAAUGUGCUAGAGGAAAUAGGCUACUUGGUUACUUGGCUACUAGCUAAAUGCUAGCUAAACUAGCUAAGUUACCGGCCUGCUCCCUCAACUUUUGCGUCUCAUUCACGUUUUUUACUCGCGCGUGUAACCUAGCACAAACGUUUGUAUUUUAAUGUAUGCAGCUGUCGGCACCGUAGAAUAAAUAUAUACACUCUAUAUACAGUUUAUAUGUAUACACUCUAUUGUCGGCACCGACUUCAGCGUGCACGCGCUUCGGCAGCGUCUCGCGCGCGUGAACGCCAUUAAAAGCACUUUAUUUACUCUUUUCGGCAAUGUUUAGGUAAAACAUCUGGUUGAUGCUCAAUACUGGAUUUGGGUUAACUGCAUGUAAUAAAUUCGCUCCAUGUCUCUUACUCUCUCUCCUAUUAUGUCAGCACGCAGCUGAGCAAACAUGCAGUAGCACAUUUGGCACAUCCCCUUUUGAAAUAUAACAUUUGAGUAGUAUUACACUGUACCAGUUUAUUUAAACCACUGAUAAAUAAGCAGUGUAGGCAUCAGGUCAUUUCCUUACAAAUACUCUGACAAAGUCAACAAACCUAAAAUUAUUCCUAAAGCUGCUUUUUCGAAAGGUUCUAUUGGGGGAAAUGCACAUGAAAAUUGGGCAUUGUUGCGGCUGCUUCCUCUCAUGAUUGGUGGCUUUGUUCCAGUGGGUGAACCAUCAUGGGAAAUUCUGAUGGAUCUGAAGGAGAUAGUUGAAAUUGUUGUAUCUGAUAAAUUCACAGAGGAGGCAUUAUGUUACCUAGCAUGUAAGCUGUCAGAUCAUCGCUCAUUGCUUAAAGCAACAUUUCCUAACUUUGUUUUGAAACCAAAACAUCAUAUUAUUGAGCAUUACCCAGAACUCAUACGCUGUUUCGGGCCAUUAGUGGACCUAUGGACAAUGAGGUUUGAAUCUAAACAGAGUCUGUUCAAAAAAGUCGCCCGUGAUAUGCGUAAUACAAAGAAUCUGCUGCUCUCCUUAGCAACAAAACAUCAGCAGUCGAUGGCCUACCAUAUGGAUGGGCAGAGUCUGUUUAAAUCUGAUCUUAACAUUGAGAAGGUUAAAGCUGCUCAGGUGUCAUCUUUGGAUUCUCCUCACAGAAAUGCUAUUUUGACAAAGUUUCCACACGCUGACACAGUCGCCAUCUCCUGUAAAGUACAGCUGUUUGGAACAGAAUAUGCUCAAAACAUGAUUAUCAUGGCAGGACAUAGCUUUGGACAGCCAGAAUUUUUCAGGAUAUUGAGCGUUGUAGUCUAUUCUGGUAAAGUGUCCUUCUUGUCAAAAAGACUUACUGCCUGGUACUUGGAGCAUUAUAGGUCAUUUGAAGUUGAAGACAGUGACUAUGCUGAAGUUAUUGUUCUUGAUGCUGAGGAUUUAAAUCAUUAUUAUCCUUUGACAGCUUAUUCGGUUAGAGGAAAGCUUUGGGUGACACUGAGGGCUUGUUUGUAUUAAAGACAGAAAAUGGCACUGUUUCGUGUUGUGAUCUCAAAAGAUGAGGCACGGUGAGUUCAGCUGUCUCAUGUUCCAGAGACAGUGGAUGCCCUCAUUGAUGCUAUCAAAGAAAAAUUACAACUUCAGGGAGACUUUGUGUUACAGUUUGAGGACCCUGAAUUCCAAAAUGCACUCUGCAAUUUGUCAGAGAUUUCAGAGCUCCCCCCUGGCCGUGCGAUCCUACACAUCAAGUAGACAAAAGUAUCUCAAUCUGGAGAAUAUGACAGCCAGUCUCUUGGCUCCAUAUCUUCUGUGGACACUGUGAGCAUGAACUCUUCAGGAAACCAGACAAACAGCCUUUCUCCUUUAUCAAGGUAUUGGCGCAGCAUCUCAGAGUGGCCUGAUCCAUUUCCUAUUCCCACCCUGUCUCUUGAUGUAGAACUGAAAUUAAGAAAGGGCAACGAGUCAUAUGAAAGCAACAAAAUAGGCAUUGAUGUAUCAAGAGACAUGAAGAUUGAAAUUCUGGACAAAAUUGCCCAAGCAGCUUUUGACAUCAAGGCCUAUCCAGAUCACGAUGAACUCGAAUCCAUUGCUUUAGCUCUGAUAGCCAAGUACCCUUGCCUCAAAGAGCCUGGUAGAGGCAAAGGCUAUGAAGGAUGGCUGGUUAGCAUUCGGAACAAGCUCAAUAAUUACAGAGCAAAGUUGCGAGAGGCAGGUUGCAGUGAAGUGUCAGUUAACAAAAAACGAAAAGCAGAUGGGGAUGUAACUAAAUACACCCUUAAAAGAGCUAAACGUGGAGAAGUGAACCAUGUUCCUGAACAUCCAGAACAACAUGAUGAUGCCUCACUUGAAGAGCAAAGACUUCUCUUGGUGGAAGCCUCCAAGAAGGCGCGAUUUGAUCAUUCAUUUAUUAGGGAGAAGAUGGACUUAACUUUCUCUCUAAGGAGAAGAGAGAUAGUAGAAGAACAACCCAUGGUGAUGGAAAUCCAGACGAGAUGGCCAGCUUUGUUCUUUAAAGAACAGAUCUGUGAGGAGUUUUUCCGCAUAACAAACAAGGAACUGCUGGGAAUAUUCAGAGCUGCAGUGGACGAGUACACACCGAAACUCCUCCGGCUGUACCGCGCCCGAAAAGGAGCUUUUGGGAAGGACAUGGAAAAUCUCUUGGAGAAACUUGAUGAUGAGACCUCCAACAUUGUCAGACAUCGCAAGGAUGCUGCACUUCGAGGCCUUCCAGUGUUCCUUCGGGACGAGCCCAAAGAACUUUUCAAACAAUGUCUAGAGUCUGAUCGUGAGGAUGAGUCUACCAAAGAAGUGGCUGUGGGCAUACUCUUUGUUGUAGAGGACUGCGUUGCAACAACUUCAUCUGCAGUGGUGCAGAACAUUGCUGUGGUUUUGGAGGAAACCAUUGUCCUGGAGGACGUCCCAGAUCUUCCUUCCGCACUGGCAUAUCUUUUUGGCCUUCUCUAUGCUCUCAACAUCUCCUACCCAAAGGCUCUGAAGUAUACUUUUGAGACAUUUCAACACAUCUUCAUGGAAAUGGGCUCUGACUGCACACAGCGUGUGCGGUCACUGAAAAACAAACUCUUACUUUAAGCCCGUGCAAUUGGCUCUAUGGACAAUUUGUUUCUGUUGUUUUGAACUGAUGUUUGACUACUGUAGUUUUAAGUUGUGUUUUCAACAAUGGAUCAUACCUGUGGUGGUAUGUUUUUGUGUUUGAGCAAAGGUGUUCUCAUGUUUGGCAGUGUUGCCAUAUUCAAAAUGAUCCUGUACAGAUUCUAGUUCUGAUAUUGGUAGCUGUACUUAAGUUCAAGUGUCAUUCAUUAUUCAUCUGUGCUGGUCUUGGUGAAAAGAAUUCUACCUCAUCUCCAAUUUGUAUAGAAUGCACAGUGGACCUUACCCGGACAAAUAAAGCAUGGAGAAAAUGCCA